AUGGUGACGCGGACUCUGUGUACCCGCCAUCGUUCGCCGAGUCUCAGUGUGAGUAGCGCCCAGCUGUGUAGGGGAGGCACAGCACUGAGUGUGCUCGCAGUUGCCACGAUCGUGCGGCGGCAGAGGAAGCGCAGGAUCGUCUCGCCGACCUCUGAGCGCAUCGAGGCUGGCCACCCGGCAGUCUCGCACAUCCGCCCCUUCGAUCCAGAUGAGGUACUGCCGUCUAGCGACCCGAUUGCCCCGGAGGCAGGAGCGCAUGGCGGGCGGAACCUCAAGAUCUCGCGCGGCGUCGAGCCGGAAGACGCGGACGGCGUGCCGAGCACGCACGCAUGGGAGUUCGCUGGCUGGGGCAGCAUGAGCAUGCUGGUGCUGUCCCAGGCCGAGCUCAACUCCGCUGCUGCAACCAUCGCAGCGCUGCCGCAGCCCAAGCUCGGGCAGUGGCGCGCCUUUGCGCUGGCAGGCAAUGCGGUGACCGGCUCGGCGUUCUACUCGCUGCCAGCAGUGCUGGCUGUCGCGUCCAUCUGGAGCCCGCUGUCGCUCUUCAUCGCCGCCAUGCUGCUCUGGCCCUUCCGUCCCGUCCUCUGCGAGCUGUCCUCUGCGCUCUCGAGUGCGGACGCAGGUAGCUACACGUAUAUGAUCAACUCUGGCGGGCGCACGCUGGCACUCGUGGCGGGCGCCUUCUACCUGCUCGACGCCGUCGCGACUGGCGCCGUGUCUGCUGGCACCGCCGCCAGCUACAUCUCCGCCGAGGUGCCGGGCUUGGACAUGCGUAUCAUGACGAUCGUGCUGCUGGUCGCCAUGGCGGCCAUCUGCAUGCUGGGCGUCAAAGACAGCGCCAAUGUGGCGCUUGGCAUGGUCACGAUCCACCUCACGACGAUGGCCAUGCUCAUCGUCGCCGGCAUCGUGACGUGGGCCAAGCUGGGCAACGCCACGCUCGUGGACAACUGGAAUGUCGCCAAGGGCGUGGAUCUGACGAGCGGCCGCAACGUGGCGCGCAUCGUCUUCGAUGGCACCUGCAUCGCCUUCGUCGGCCUUACGGGCGUGGAGAGCACGCCGUCGUACGUGAGCGCAGUCAAGGCAGGCGGCUUCCCGCGCGCGCUGCGCAACCUACACAUCUCCGUGCUGCUCACGGAGCCGGCACUCGCCCUGCUCAUCGUCGCGACCAUGCCGAUGAGCUCGAUCAUCGGCACGCCCAACAUCCUCGCGUCGCUGGGCGCGCUCUCGGGCGGCUGGCUGAAGUACAUCGUGAUCGUCGAUGCGGUCAUCGUGCUUGCCGGAGGCAUCAUCUCGGGUACCGUCGGCUGCAUGGGCACUGCGCAGGCCCUGGUGAACGACAAGAUCCUGGCGAACUUCUUCCAGCGCGCUUUGCCGCGCACAGGUGCUCGCUGGCCGCAGAUUGUGCUCUUCCUCGCGCUCUGCUUGAUCAUGUGCGGCACGUCCAACUUCAACCUGACGAUCAUGUCGAGCGUCUUCAGCAUCGUCUUCCUGUUGGUCAUGUCGUUCUUCCCGCUGUCGCUCCUCACACUGCUUCACUCCCGACCCACGCUGCCUCGCUCGCCGCGCACUCCGCUGCUGGUCGUGCUGCUCGCCUUCUGCGUCGGCGUGAUCGCCAUCGCCGGCAACGCGGCGAUCGCACCUGCCGUGCUGGGCCAGACGGCCAUCUAUGCCGGCGUCAUCCUGAUCGUCCUCCUCGCGCUGGCGGACAAGGUGCGCCUGGUGCGCCUGCUGCUGUGGGCAGCGCAGCAGCGCAUCCUUCCUACGCCGCCGGGCUUCGUCAAGGCGCAGGUGCGGUGGAUCACGCCUCGCACCAACGCCAUUCGCAAGGCAGUGAUCCGCUGGAUUCGACGCUCGCGGCGGGAGCCAGUCGUCUUCUUCACUGCGACCGACGACAUCUCGGCGCUCGUGCGAGCUUUGACUUACGUGCAGCAGAACGAGCCUGCAUGCUCCCGAGUCAUUCUCGUGCACUGCUUCUCGGAGGUGGUGGACAUUCCCUCGGAGCUCGAGGCCAACAGCCAGCUCGUGGACGAGAGCUUCCCGACGAUCACCGUCGACCUCGUCUUCGUCGAGAGCGAGGCCUUCUCGCCUGUCGUGGUCGAGGCCCUCUCGAAGCGCCUGGGCGUCUCGCGCACGCGGAUGUUCAUCUCGUGCCCCGGCCGCAACGGCACCAUCUGCGGCGGCCGCUUCCGCCUGGCCGACUACGGCGGCCUACGCAUCGUUACUGCGAGUCUGUAG